AUGACACAACAAAAAGGGUCAGAUCAAAACCCAGACAAAUCCAAAGACCUGUUUCGUACCCCGAAAAGACCCAAUUCCCUGGCGACAUCCCGAACGUCAAAGAGCACGAAUGCGAAACGAACAGCGUCACCAGGCGUAUCGACACCCGUGCAAGCGUCUAGAAGAGGCUCAGCACCACCGACACGGGCUCAAUCAACCCUUACACAAAUAGACUUUGUUCCGAGACCGACACACCCAGACGAUGGCGAGCUCAAAUAUGUCGAGGCAGCUGAACCCCGCGGGUCAACGCACGAAGGACACGAGUCAGAGCAGCUAGACAACGGAUCCGAAAGCGAUACCGAUUAUCGACCACCCGUGCGGACUCGGGCAGGCUUCACAAGAUUUGAAAUGAAUGACGACCAUCCCAAAAGACGAAGAAAGGGUGACGCGGUGGGAAAUCGGAUAGUCGGACGAGGCCACAGUGUUCGAAGGAGUCAGACGCCCAAGGCAAGCGCGUCCGGCAAAGGCAAGCGAAAGUCUGUGGGGCCUUCUGCUACGAAGCGUGACAAGACCCUCACGCAGAUGGAUUUUGUGAGACGUUACAUCACGAUAGAUGAUUCCGAUGAUAAUGAUGUGAACUUGGGAUAUCUACAGCCACCUUCCCACGACACCGACAGUGCCGCCAACGCUAUCACCAAGAAAGAAGAACAAUCACUCACUGUCGAUAGCAAGACAACAAAAUCAGAGCCAACCCCUGCGAAACGAAAUCGAAGGGUUUUUGAACAAGAUUUGGACCUUUCUACCGGGGAGCCCAUCACAUCAGGCGACACCCAGAAUACGAGUAUACAAGACGGCCAGCCGAGUCAUCUAGCCCCCGAGAGACUAGUCCUCACACCUCAAAAAGCACGGAAAUUCGAGAUCCCCUCCUCACAGUCUCCAGAAAGCCCUGGCUUGGCAAUUAUUACCUCAUCCCAAUUCCGUGGUGCCACGCAUUCGCAUACAAAACGAAAGCCCUUGUUCUUGGCACCACAAGUCGGUGCAAUCAAGGAGGAAAGCCCAGAUCCUCGACGAGUGGUUGAAGAUUCACAGGAUUUGGAAGAUACGUCACAGCGAAAAACUCCAACACGGCCCCCAUCAAAGAUAACCAAGCCAUCUCGACGAGAAUCGCCCAUGUCCACGAAUGCAGCAGAACUGGCCUCCCCAACACAGCAUUCCGCGUCCGCAGAAAUACUGGCAGAUGCCCAGGAAUCAAAAAUCCGGCGGAGCCAAAAAGAGAGAACUGUGAUAUACGAAACCGAUGCGGAGUCAAAUUCAAGCGAAGAUGACGAGAUCGAAGAUGGACCAAAGUCCCCGAUUCUGGCAUCAAAAUCACGGAAAUUUGUUUCAGAUCUUGUGGAACAAAGUCCGAGUUUACCAAGUGAUGACUCUCAGGAGCUGCCGCUGCCGGACACCCAACCGCCGGCCGAUAUGGGCUUUGAUCCACCCUCCGAGCUCCCCAUGUCAGAUGCCUCGGCGUAUUACCAAAGGAUGCAGCCAGCCACCCAGUUCCCGCUUGAGCCUGUCCCAGCUCUGAACACGCAAAAGCUUUCCGAGCUAUUCCCCAAUGAGGGAAACACUCAAUAUCUUCAGCCAAAACCCACGCACUCUUCUCAGAAUUUACCGGGCCCAUUUUUGCAGUCACAGUUGCAGGGCCAAGACCUGGACCAGACUGAGAUGGUACCUGAAUCCUCUCCUGCUCGCGAACAAGAGAAGAGCGUGGACAAGCCUGACGAUGGUUUUCAACGGCCUCGUGCCCCGGGAUCUGUGGUUCAAGUCGAAUCAUCCCAGCCUGUGCGCCGCGUGGACCAUGGAUCUGGCAAUAUUCUAUCACGUAGUCAACUCCUGACGUCGAGUGUGAUGGAGAGCGUGGCUCUUCCUUAUUUUUGUACGGGAAGUCAGGACAGUGUAGGGGAACCUUACAGUCUGCCUGACCAUUGA